AUGAGGUUGUACAAGAACGUUCUAGUCUAUGCCAUUUGUUGUACAGUUGAGAACGAAUGUAUUAAAGAUGUCCAGAAUCAACGAUGUUCUUAUUUCGUUAACGAUCGAAACACUGGGUAUGUUACUUUAUUAUGUUUUUUAUCUUUGUACAGUUUUAUAUCUGGUACUAUCGACGAUUACUAUAUUGCAAACAUUUCUCUUACCUAAAGAGUAUAAAAACUAUUACAAUACCCUUUUUUCCUAAAAAGUAUAAAAAACCCUAUUACAAUACAAAAAAGUACCGUAACCUUUUCAGUCGAGACUUUUAUAUUGACGAUGACACUAACUGGACUAACGAUGCCAACAAAAAGCCAGCUGUUUUGUUUCCAAGUAUAAGUGACAGUGAUACAUUCUUUACUCUUGAUAACUCCACUACUGUUGCUCCAGAUACACCAGGCCCUCCCGGCCCACCAGCACCACCAGGACCAUUAGGACAAUGCUGCGGCCGUUGGAGUUCUCUUUCGGUUUCCGGCAAGGCAACUAAACUUAUCGCAUAUCUUUUUGAAAUGAAUUAUAUCAGUCAUGUGGCCACUCUUUAA